CUGAAAUAUGCCACACGCCUUUCAUUGUCUCUUUGUGUCACCGUCAAAACGCCGUUGUUCUCCCCGGAGCUUUAUUUUGAAAACGCGUCCCGGAUGUGCGCCCGCUAACUAUGUCCGGCUUUACCCUGCUGUGUCAGUCACCAUGGUGGCACACAACAGAGCGCAGCGGCGGCGGAGCUACCCUCACUUUUAGACCCAGGAAAAAAUGUUAUUAUAAUGCAUUUUCUCAGUGAGUGUACUCGGGUCCGGCUCUCAUCAUGGACGCCAGGUCGCUGUUGACGGGAUAGCAGUUAGCCGUUAGCUUACUUUUUUGGGGGGUGGUGGUGUUUGGCGGCUCCUACAUGGAAUUUCGUUCCGUUGCUAGCAGAAUGCCGAAGAGACAAGGAAUGGGUUUGAUGAACGCUGGCUCCGAUAAAGGGACAUUUUCCGACUUGAGAAAAUAACUCCCGCAGACAGUUUCAGCCGCGCUUCGUGGAGGAGUCAGCUCCUCCGGUGUUUAGGGCAGCCGGUUUCGGCCCGGGCAGCAGAGCGACGGACAACCCCCGAGGAUCCUGCUCGGCUGUCUGGCUCCAGUCGUGGCCUGGCUCCGGGCACUCCCAGCUCACCCUGCUAGCAUCGGAGCACAGCCGACAAGAAUAAAGCAAAGACAGCGGGGCGGACUUUUCUUUUUAGUUAAUAUCCGCGACGCUGGAUAUUAAAACGCGUCUUCUGUCAGGAUAAGAGCUUCACAGAGCCUCCAGACGGCGUCUUCCAAAACAAUGGCGUCUUAUGUGGAUAACAGCUUUCGGCAGGCUGUGAUGAUGAAUCCGGCUGAAAGGACGCAACAGGACCUGGAGAUCGUCUACUCGUAUCUCCAUGGGAUGGAGGCCUUGUCCAACCUGCGAGAGCACCAGCUGAGGAUAAUGUGUGAGACGGUGCGUUACGAGAGACACGAGGCCAAUGAAGUGCUGUACUAUCCUGAUGACAUCGGAAGCUGCUGGUACAUCCUGUUGUCCGGCUCCGUCUUCAUCAAAGAGUCCAUGUUCCUGCCCAGAAGCAGUUUUGGGAAGCGAUCAGCCGGCAGCCUGCGACGCGGAUGUGAGUGCAUCGUCCUGGAACCCUCAGAGAUGAUUGUGCUCCCCGCAGACUUCAGCAGACUUCACCUGGCCGACGGCUUGCACCCACAGGUGACCCACGUCUCCUCCAGCCACUCAGGAUGUAGUAUCACCAGCGACUCUGGAAGCAGCAGCCUGUCAGACAUUUACCAGGCCACAGAAAACGAACCAGGCGACAUGGACCUCAGUGGCUUGCCAGAGACGGCCGUCGACUCGGAGGAGGACGACGAUGAGGAGGACAUCGAGCGAGCGUCCGACCCCCUCAUGAGCCGGGACAUCGUGCGGGACUGUCUGGAGAAGGAUCCCAUGGACAGAACUGACGAUGACAUAGAGCAAUUACUGGAGUUCAUGCAUCAACUGCCAGCAUUUGCCAACAUGACCAUGUCAGUGAGGAGGGAACUCUGCGCCGUCAUGGUGUUCGCUGUGGUCGAACGAGCCGGCACCAUCGUUCUCAAUGAUGGAGAGGAGCUGGACUCGUGGUCGGUGAUCCUGAACGGUUCGGUGGAGGUGACGUACCCCGACAGCCGGACAGAGAUCCUGUGCAUGGGGAACAGUUUUGGGGUCUCACCAACAAUGGAGAAGGAAUACAUGAAGGGCGUCAUGAAGACCAAGGUGGACGACUGCCAGUUUGUGUGUAUAGCCCAGCAGGACUACUGCUGCAUCCUCAACCAGGUGGAGAAGAACAUGCAGAAGGUGGAGGAGGAAGGGGAGAUCGUUAUGGUGAAAGAACACCGCGAACUGGACCGCACCGGCACCAGGAAGGGACACAUCGUCAUCAAGGGCACAUCGGAGCGUCUCACCAUGCACCUGGUGGAGGAACACUCAGUGGUGGACCCCACCUACAUCGAGGACUUCCUGUUGACCUACAGGACCUUCCUCUCCAGCCCAAUGGUCGUGGGCAAGAAGCUCCUGGAGUGGUUCCACGACCCCAGUCUCAGGGACAAGGUUACACGGGUAGUCUUGCUGUGGGUAAACAAUCACUUCAAUGACUUUGAGGGUGACCCUGCCAUGACUCACUUUCUGGAAGAGUUCGAAAGCAAUCUGGAGAAAGAAAAAAUGUGUGGGCACCUCAGACUGUUAAAUAUAGCGUGCGCUGCUAAAGCCAAGCCGCGGCUGGUGACACUGACCAAGCCGUCCAGGGACUCUCCUCUGGCCUUCAGCCUGCUCGGAGGUCAGGAGAAAGGUUUCCGCAUCUUCAUCGAUGCUGUGGAGGCAGGCAGCAAGGCAGCAGAGGUCGGCCUUAAGCGUGGAGAUCAGAUCUUGGAGGUCAACGGGCAGAACUUUGAGAAUGUCCAGCUCAGCAAAGCCAACGAGAUCCUGAAGAACAACACCCACCUGUCCAUAACUGUGAAAACAAACCUUUUAGUGUUUAAAGAGCUGCUAACCAGGCCAGAGCACGACCACGAUUUGGACGGCGAGGAGGAACACGACAGAAAGAACGGCGCACCCCACCUCCCGAAGAUCGGAGACAUCAAGAAGGCCAGCCGCUACUCCAUCCCCGACCUGGCGGUGGACGUGGAGCAGGUGAUGGGCCUGGAGAAGGUCAGCAAGAAGGCGAAGACCAACACGGUGGGAGGACGCAACAAGCUGAAGAAGAUCUUUGACAAGACGCUCACCAGCAUCCUGCCGCCUAAACCGUACAAUGACGUUUGCGUGGGCCAAUCGCAGGACGACAGCAUUGUGGGGAUGAAGCAGUCCAAACAGAUCCCACCACCGCUGCCCGUCAGUGGAAACCUGUCGUCAUCAAACCCAGACCUGCUGCAGUCUCACCACCGCAUCCUGGACUUCAACAACCAGCCUGUCCCGGUCGUAGUCAAUAUGUCGGAUCAGGUGUUACGAGUCUUCAAGGCGGACCAGCAGUCUCGAUACAUCAUGAUCGGGAAGGACACGACCGCUAAGGAGGUGGUGGCCCAGGCUAUCAGGGAGUUUGCCCUGACUACAGCAGCAGACGCUUAUUCACUGUGUGAAGUGUCCGUCACACCAGAGGGCGUCAUCAAACAGAGGCGGCUUCCCGACCAGCUGUCGAAACUGGCCGACAGGAUUCAGCUGAGUGGAAGAUACUACCUGAAGAGCAACAUGGAGACGGAGACGUUGUGUUCAGACGAGGACGCUCAGGACCUCCUGCGAGAAGGCCAGAUCUCUCUGCUGCAGCUCAGUACAGUGGAGGUGGCCACUCAGCUCUCCAUGAGGGCUUUUGAACUCUUCUGUGCCAUCGAGCCCACAGAAUACAUCGACGACCUGUUCAAGCUGCGCUCCAAGACGGGCUCGGCCAGCCUGAAGCGCUUCGAGGAGGCCAUUAACCACGAGACCUUCUGGGUGGCCACGGAGGUGACGCGAGAGCCGAACCAGCUCAAACGCAUGAAGACCGUCAAGCACUUCAUCAAGAUCGCGCUGCACUGCCGCGAGUGCAAGAACUUCAACUCCAUGUUCGCCAUCAUCAGUGGUCUGAACCUGGCUCCAGUCUCCAGACUGAGGGGGACGUGGGAGAAGCUACCGAGCAAGUACGAGAAGCUGUUCGGAGACCUGCAGGACCUCUUCGACCCGUCAAGAAAUAUGGCCAAGUACAGGAAUGUCCUCAACAAUCAGAACCUCCAGCCGCCGAUUAUCCCCCUGUUCCCCGUCAUCAAGAAGGACCUCACCUUCCUACAUGAAGGCAAUGACUCUAAAGUGGACGGCCUGGUGAACUUUGAGAAGCUGAGGAUGAUUGCCAAAGAAAUUCGCCAUGUUGGUCGCAUGGCCUCCGUCAACAUGGACCCGGCCCUCAUGUUCCGGACCAGGAAGAAGAAGUGGAGGAGUUUAGGGUCCUUAAGCCAGGGUAGUGCCAAUGCGGCAGUGCUCGACGUCACCCAGACAGGCGGGCACAAGAAGCGAGUGCGACGCAGCUCCUUCCUGAACGCCAAAAAGCUUUACGAGGACGCCCAGAUGGCCAGGAAGGUCAAACAGUACCUGUCCAACCUCAGCCUGGAGACGAACGAGGAGAGUCUGCAGACGCUGUCGCUGCAGUGUGAACCCUCCAUCAGUACAUUGCCCAAGAAUUCCAGUGGGAAGCGACCAGACACCUCCCCGGUCGUGUCCAGAGCUGCCAGCCAGCAGCGGGGCCAGCUGGCCAAAGGGAACCAGGCCCUGCAGGUCCCCGCUGUGGCCCUUUACCCAUCCCGCAAGAAAGUGCCAGUCAAGGAUCUGCCACCAUUUGGCACCAGUUCCCCUCAGUCUCUGAAGAAGAUCCUGUCUCUGUCUGAGGAGGGGAACGAAAGGCACCGCAGGCAGCCAGAGGACACCGUGUCCAACGCCUCCUCCCAGCUCUCCUCCCCUCCCACCUCCCCCCAGAGCUCACCCAAGAAGGGUUACAACCGGAUGGGAGACGCCUACUCAGACUCGGGUCACAGUGAGAUCUCCUCUCGCUCCAGCCUCGUCAGUAACUCCUCGUUCGACAUGGCCCAGGAGGAGAGGAGGCUGCGUCACUCUGGAGGAGUCGGGGAUUCACACAUUGUGGGAGCGCGACUGGAACGAAGAGCCACCACCGACCCGGAUCAGUACAGCCUCGGGUCGUAUUCGUCGAUGCAGGACUGUCGGGGCAUUUAUACCGGCUGCCCCACAGUUCUCUCCUCGCCCAGUUCAGAGGAGCUGACUCAGGAUCAGGGCGAUCGCGUUUCCCUCGACGCCGCAGACAGCGGCCGUGGCUCCUGGACUUCCUGCUCCUCUGGUUCCCACGACAACAUCCAGACCAUGCAGCAGGGGCGUAGCUGGGAGACUCUGGCCUUUGGAAGCGGAGGCGGAGGAGGCAUUGGAGGACUCCCACCAGGCGGACCAGAGGCCUUACUGGGGGGGCCUGCUGCACUGUGGGCAGCCCAGGCCAGGGGGAGCUGGGCGUCCGCCAGCUCGUCCUCAUCCUCAGCUGCGUACUGGGGGGAGGACUCUGAAGGAGACACUGGCACCAUCAAGAGGAGAGGAGGGAAAGACGUCAACGCCGACCCAGAAACAAGUAGCAUCACGUCCACCGGGUCAGAGGAGGCCAAGCAGCUCGGACGGCCGUCCCCGUCCCCGAUCACCGCUGGGGGUAAAGGCCUCCUCUCGCGGAAAGAAAGCCGUUACCGUGAGCCUCCCCCAACUCCCCCCGGCUACACCGCCCUGACCAUCUCCGACCUCGCUGAAGGGCAGCACCCGCCCCCGUCUGUCCCCACGUCCACGGUGACCCACACGGGCCGCCGGCCGCCCGACUACACCACGGCCCUGCAGCGCUCACGCAUGGUCACUCAGUCGCCCGACUCCCAGGCCCACCAGGGGGCCAAACAGCGGGCGGGCGGCCUCCACCGCACGCGCUCACCGGCCGAGGAUCAAGAUGCUGAGGAGGAAGAGGAGGGUGAGUCCUUGUCUCCCAAACUAAUCGCUCUGAGGAAGCCAAAGCCAGUGGCACAGCAUACACCUGAGACUCCCAGACCAUGAGAGUGUGUGUACGGGGGUUAACAGGCAGGGCCCCUCUCCCCAAGGCAGAGGAUGAACAGGUGUCAGCGGUCUGAGGGACAACGAGGACGUCCUUUUGCAGUAACUUGAAGUCCCCCUGGUUUGGGGUGAGACAGACAGACAGACAGACAGACAGACUGACAGACCAAUGGACUCAUCAUCAGUUACGUACGUGCCUGCCUCCUCCACUCGGCUCUCCCUCCUGAUCGGUGGACUCCUCUGCUCGUCUCCCUCCCCUGCCUUAAAGCAUCAUCGGGGGUUGAACGACCCUGCAUGCAAAAAAUACUGUGAAGAAGAAGAAGAAUCAGAAGAGAUGGAGAGAAGGGCAAAGACGAUGACAUGAAACGCCUGGCACUUUGGAAAAAAAGACUGCAGAAACCUGAACUGGUGCCGGGGAGGCAAACACACAAAACCACAUUAGAUGUUGCUGUUAGAAACGAGACAAAACCGCAGAACUCACCUGUUAACACAACAGCAUCAUGACGUGUCGAGCUUCAUCUGCACUUUCUCAUUUUCUACUUUCUAAAAAAAAAAACAACAAAUAAAAACAAAGACUAUCGUUUGAAGACGCAGAGGAACAGCAGUUGACUUGACUCUUAAUUUUCCAGAUCGAUUUCUUUACGUUUUUUUGUUCUCUUCGUUGAUUGAUUGCACUCUGGGGGCUGAAAACAGAAGAUUUCUCUGCCUGGACUGAAACAACCCGUCUGUUGUCGAGUGUUUGAACUCUGAAUCCAGUAUUAUCUCAUGUUCCACAUGUGAAAGCUUAUCAAGUGUUGGUUCAAAUCAAAGCUAGGAGGAGGAGGAGGAGAGAGCCUGGUAGGGAGAACCGACAUGCACAGUGUACUGACACACACACACACACACACACACACACACACACACACACACACACAUUCAUUUCUUAAAAAUAGCACUUUCAGCACAAUCCUAGAUGUUCCCAGACAUUCGGGCCUGGAUACCAGGGUAUGAUUGAUCCAUAUCUGACUGUCAUCCCACCUCGGAGCUCGUCUGGUUAUAUCAGAGUCUUUUUAGCAUCCUGUUGCUUGCUGUUACGUAGAGAGUGUUUUGUAACCGACCUGUAGGUGAUAUCGAAAAAGCACAGAGCUUAAAACUGAGCGAACAUGUCGGACUCCAUCAUGUUGGUCUCAAAUCACAAAGUGCAGCCUGACGUCAGGUGUGAAUCAAAGGACGAGCUCACCGACCGACCGACCGACCGACCGACCGGUGGGAACAUCAGCGUAUUUGAGAAGCUGCUGUAAAUUGUGAGUGUUCCCUGAACUGAUCUUGUACAGAGUCUUAUAAAAACCCAUAUCGCCCUUCAGAAUAAAAGCAUCCACAAAUUCAGAUUUGGCUUCUUUUUCCAACCUGAACCACAUUUUUUUGUGAAUGUCCAAAGCGCCUUACGAUGCCAUGAUUGCAUACAUUUUUUUUGCGUGUGGUUGUUCCCCCGUCACAAAUCACCUUGCUUCAAGAGCGGUCUUGAAUCAAGCAAUAGUGGAGUGAAAUGCCUUAUUCAAGAAACUUCCCCCGAUGUUUUUAUAAUAUAUUAAGACUCAGUACAAGAUGAAGCCGAGCAUAUCCUUCCUGUUUUGUUCUCACCUGUUACAGUGUCGUAGAUGUUUCCUCCCUCUGCUGUUGUGCUGAUAGAUUCCUCCUCAGAACUCACCUGUUACAGACAUCAGCUCCGCGGAUGCUGUUUGUAUAUCGCUAACGCCUGCGUCCAGUUUUCCACCAUAUCUCGCCAUCGAACGUGGAAGAGACUGAAGAUGUUUUUUUAAUUUCUUUGACUCCGGUGGGGAAGUCGACAUAUGAAGAUUUUUUUCAAGGCUGCCAAUCAGAACGAUUAGAAAUCCAAUUGUGAACCUUUUUGUUGUUGUUUUCUUCUUCUUCUAUCACUGAGUCGCACUGAUCACAUUGAUCAGUCUCGGAAACUACAGACUGAGAAAAUAAAAAAGCUGAACGAGUGCAGUGUUUUCCACUGUGUUCUGUGACUUCACACUAAUAAUUUCCCGGGUUUCUCUUUUUUUUUUGUUCUUGUACUUUUUUUGUAACGGCUGCAGAUAGAUUGUUAAUAAUUUGUUUGUACUACAGUGGUGACAUGCAUCAUUCACUUUCAUUCAACUCUCUGAUGAUAAUGUGCAUAUUAGCGGGCAGAGUCCUAUUUCGAAAAACAAAAAGUUGCACAAAAAUGUUCAAGCGUAAAGAUAAGUGUAGUAGGUAGAACUGCUACUCCUGUUUGAUGUGUGAUGUCAGUGAGAAAUGUACAUUUAGCUGGUGAUGACCUUCUUUUCUUCAUUUGUUCUUGUACUACUUUGACCUGUAUGUCUUUUAAAAAGACAAUUGGUGGAGUAUGUAUCAGUUGUUUUUGUAUUUUUAAUACAAUAAUUGUAAAUAUUGGUUAUAUUUUUGUUCAAAUGUACUAUGUUUAUGCCUCAACAUCCAGUUUAUAUGAAGCUGGGAAUCAAUAAAUACUGCAUAAAGAAUCAA